AUGAUCUCUAGAACACCAAUUACAGAUGAUUUAGCAUUGUUUGAAGAGCACAAGGCAUUAUCAGAACAUUUUAGCCCAGCUCAUCUAGGAGUACAAGUAUUGGAUAGUAGUAAACAUAUUAUGAAUACAGUGAUGUGCUUAGCAGAAGAUAUUGUUGCUAAGACAUGGUACCAGGACACAGACUCUAUGCACAUCGAUUACGAUGCUGUCAGUAGACUUGAAGAUGCUUUUAGACAAAAGUAUAACAAAGAGUUAAUUGGUAAGCAAAUGGGACAAUUUCACGUCGAUUUCGAUCUUAAACGAUCAGAAGGUAAUAUCUAUGCUAAAGAAUCUAUCUUUCUUGAUGUAAAGGCAUCCCAUCAAAGCUUCUUGAAAAUGAUACCUACAACAAAUAUUUGGAACUCUAUAACGGUGAGGAAUUAG